CAUUUCAGCAUACGUCAAAAACCAACGCAAGAAAAGAACACACGAGUUCUCACGCACGAAAACCGCACGAGAAAUCGGCAGAAAAUCGUGAAGCCGUGCGAAGGAGUUGUCCCGUGUUCCUCGGCGCGUUCGACCUCGUACCCAACCCAUCCCCUCAAAAGACAGCGGCAACAGUCAUCACUACCGUGCAGCAAUGGGUAACGUGUUGGCUUCCUCGAAACCGAUCGCUGGCCCCGGUGGUCUGCCUCCACCGAUGCCCACAGAAGCGCUCCCCGCUGUUGGAGCCGAUGGGGCCGGCUCACCGGAUAAGCCAUCCGGCGAAGCUAAACCACUGGAAAACCCGGGCACCAUGGAAGAGCUACACAGGAAAUGCAAAGAUGUGAUGCCAGUAAACUUUGAAGGAGCGAAACUGAUGAUCAACAAGGGCUUGAGCAACCAUUUUCAGGUAUCGCACACGAUUAAUCUGAAUUCCUCGAAUACUAGCGGCUACCGGUUCGGCGCGAUGUACGUCGGCACGAAGCAGCUGUCCCCGACCGAAGCAUUCCCCGUCGUACUGGGUGACAUUGAUCCGUCGGGAAAUCUGAAUGCAAACAUCAUUCACCAGGUGACACCGAAGGUUCGGUGUAAAUUCGCAUCACAGAUCCAAAGCAGUAAGGUAACGGCGGCACAGCUUACGACAGAUUACAAGGGCCCGAACUACACAACCUCGCUCACCAUCGGCAACCCGAACAUUAUCAACAAUUCCGGCGUCGUGGUGGCACAUUACCUGCAGGCGGUCACGAACAAAUUGGCCAUGGGCGGAGAGUUUGCGUACCAGUACGGACCGGCGGUACCUGGUGGACAGAUUGCUCUCAUGUCGGCUGCUGCCAGAUACGCCACCGAUUUGUACACGUGGUCCGGCACGGUAGGGGCGGCCGGUGUGCACCUUUGCUACUAUCAGCGGGCCAGCGAGCAGCUGCAGAUUGGCGCCGAGGUGGAAACUAGCUUCCGGAUGCAGGAAUCCGUCGCUACCAUCGGCUAUCAAGUGGACCUGCCCAAGUCGGAUCUGGUGUUCCGCGGCAUGCUGGACAGCAACUGGACGGUGGGAGCCGUGCUGGAGAAGAAGCUACAGCCGCUACCUUUCACCUUUGCGCUCAGCGGCAUGUUGAAUCACACUAAAAAUCAGUUCCGGCUCGGGUGUGGGUUGAUCGUCGGUUAAGCACCGUCGGUUCAGGAUUCAGUAAACGCCGAUAGAAGAGUCAUAUAUAAAGGCGAUCAAAAAGCAAGCAUUUCCUUUAACAAAAAUUCCGACACAUUCUUUGAACUGGACUGGAAAAGCCGACACCCUGUGCUCUGCAACAAGAGGAAUAGCCGAAAACAACACUGUGCGCAUCAAAUAGAGAGAAGAACUAGGAAGAGAAAUAUAAAGGAACAGAACUAUAUAAAAGCUGCUACACCAUGAAACAUCUACAAUAGAGCAACAAGGGUGGACGAACAACCGUCGUGGUACACACCGAGCGCUGUACAGGAAGGUUCACACAGAGUUUAGACAGUCCCCUGGCUUUUCCCCAGAUGUCCAGUUGUUUGGUCCCAGAAUUUAAACGAUUAGUGGCGAAAGUGCCCGUGUCCCGUUUCACAUCCCACAUUGCAAGCGUUGGUAGUAUUGCGUCUUCUUUGACUGCCCGUGCGCCAUAGUGUGUCAUCAAGAAAUAAAACGUUUCGCGCAGGCGAGCCACCAAACUCCCCAGGAACACAAA